CGGUUGGUGACGGGCCGCCCGCGCGCACCUUGCCGGCGGCGCUCAUCACCCGGCUCCAGAUCAAGACGCGCCGGUCCCCCAUGGCCCCGGCCACCGACCUCGACACGCGCAAGUCCAUCACGGCGGGCGCGCGCGUCGCCUUUGCCCGCAAGGACCUCGCCGCGGUCGAGGCGGCGCUCGCCGCCACCAAGGCCAAGGCGGCCGCACUCAAGACUGCCACCGAGGCGGCGGGCCGGCGCGGCGCCGCCAUCGCCCGCUCCGCAAUCCUCGCACGCGCCGCUAAGGCCAAGGCGACGAACGCGCUAGUGGACCGGGCCGCCAUCCGACGGGGCGCCUCCCGCGCGGCUAAGAGCACGCGCCUCGGCCGCAAGGCGCUAUGCGCGCAGGCCGCUUCGGGCCGCCGGGCCGCGGGCCUCGUCGCGAGGGCGGCCAAGGCAGGCACGAAGGAGCGCGCCGCCGCGUUCAAGGCUAAGCGCGAGGCCAUGGACGCCGCCCGCGCGGAACGCGGCCACGCCCUGCACCGCCGCACCCUCGCUGCACAUGCGGCUGCCGCAACGCUCCUCGCGCGGAAGGCGUCCGCCCCCACGACUCGCCGCAAGAACCUGCCCUCGGACGAGCGGCGGGCGGCCAAGGCCGAGUCCGCCGCCAAGCCGUCGUGCUCGGUGGCCUAGCCCCGACGGUCGAUCACGCGCGCGUCGACUCUCAGCGCCUCGCGCGAUUGGUAACGGCACAGCUGCGGCAAAAGAUUGCUGUGGUCAGCCGGGGGCGGGGCGUGAAAUCCGUGACCCCAGUGAAUAUAACGUGGCACUGUGACCACACAGAGUUCAGAGAGAGAGAGUGGGGAGAGUGCCACUUGAUGACGAGUCGUGAGCGACGCGCAGUUUAGAGUUUUCUCUCUUCGUUGAGGCUAGUCUCUC